AUGUCCUCCUCAUCCAGCUCUGCUCAAUCUGCCUUUGCCGUGAUGAUGAAGCGCGUCCGUGAAGGUCACGAGCCUUUGGAAGGCUCUAAGCGCGCUAGGCCUGCUGGUAACCCGAGUGGCGAGGUACCCGCCGAUAUUGCUGAGUCCAAGUCCAGUGAGCCCUUGCACCUAAGCGGCUUUUACCGACGCACAGGCGUCCAUUCCAGCUGA